AUGCUUCGUCUAUGUGGAACGCAUAAUGAUGCAGUUCUUCUUGCUUUUGCAUCUCUUCUUGGUUGGGGUUAUAUGUUCUUUUUUAUUAUGCCAUUUCGAUUUACUGGUCCAUUUGUAAUUAUGAUAUAUAAAAUGUUAUUUAAUGAUGUUCUUAGAUUUUUAUUGAUUUACAUUAUUUUUCUUGCUGGUUUUUCACAAUCAUUCUUUAUUUUAUUCAAUGAAAAUGGUUUUCUUGGAUAUAUGUCAAGUCUUAAACAUUGUUUUUUGGGUUUAUUAGGUGAUUUUGAUUUAGAUUAUUAUACAGAAGGUUCACAUCCAUUUAUAAGUGUUUCAUUUCUUAUGUGUUAUAUUAUCGUUGUUACUAUUCUUUUAUUAAAUUUACUUAUUGCUAUGAUGGGCGAUACAUAUGCAGAUGUGAAGAGAAGUGCAAAAAAAUUAUGGCAUUUAGAACGAGCGCGUAUUGCACUUGAUGUUGAAAGUAGUAUGUCAACAUCUGAACGGAAAUUAAAAGCUCAUAAAUAUUGGGUAGAAGUACAAGGCGAACGUUAUUUACAAGUUGAACAAGUAAACAAUGAACUUUUUAAGUCUAAAGACGAAGAAGAAGAUGAGAAUGAUUAA